GACGCGGGGAAAGAUGGCUUCAUUGACCUGAUGGAGCUAAAGCUGAUGAUGGAGAAGCUGGGGGCACCACAGACGCACCUGGGCCUGAAGAACAUGAUCAAGGAAGUGGACGAAGACCUGGACAGCAAGCUUAGCUUUCGGGAGUUCCUGCUGAUUUUCCGCAAGGCGGCAGCGGGCGAGCUGCAGGAGGACAGCGGGCUGCACGCCCUGGCCCGGCUCUCCGAGAUCGACGUCUCCACGGAGGGGGUGAAAGGCGCCAAGAGCUUCUUCGAGGCCAAGGUGCAAGCCAUCCAUGAUGCCAGCCGCUUCGAGGAGGAGAUCAAGGCGGAGCAGGAGGAGAAGAAGAAGCAGGCGGAGGAGCUGAAGCAGAGGAAGGCGGCGUUCAAGGAGUUGCAGUCCACCUUCAAGCAGUGA